GACAAAUAUAACACUGGCCGCCGGGGUUGGUUUCACUCUCAGCUAGCGUCAAAGUCAAUCAUGGCCAUAGCCGCCGCCAUCUCCGUUCCUCUCACCUCUCUAAAUCGCCGAUCACUCACCUCCUUCCUUCCUCCUCAAUCAUCUCCUUCUCCCGUUCUCAAACUCAACUCCCUCACCAAAACCGUCAGCCCUCGCUUACGCCUAGUAGCGGCGACGGCGGCGUCAAUGAGCGUGGAAGCGGCCGAGAAGGCGUCGCCGGCUUCUUUUCUCGACCGGAGAGAAGCCGGAAUCCUUCACUUCGUCAAGUACCACGGCCUCGGCAACGACUUCAUCCUGGUUGAUAAUAGGGACUCGUCGGAGCCUAAGGUUACGCCGGAGCAAGCGGUGAGGCUAUGUGAUCGGAACUUUGGAAUUGGCGCCGAUGGAGUCAUCUUCGCGCUUCCUGGCGUCAAUGGCACCGAUUACACCAUGAGGAUUUUCAAUUCCGAUGGAAGCGAGCCGGAGAUGUGCGGUAAUGGAGUCCGGUGUUUUGCGAGAUUUAUUGCAGAGCUUGAGAAUCUACAUGGGAACCAACGCUUUACAGUACAUACUGGCGCUGGUCUGAUUGUUCCAGAGAUUGUAGAUGAUGGGAAGGUUAGAGUUGAUAUGGGAGAGCCAAUUCUUAAAGCAUCAGAUGUACCCACAAAAUUACCUCCAAACAAGGAUCAUGCUGUUGUUAAGGCAGGUUUAGAUGUGGAUGGAGUAACCUGGAAUGUAACUUGUGUCAGUAUGGGAAAUCCUCACUGUAUAACAUUUGGAACAGAAGGAGACCAGGAUUUGCAGGUUGAUGAAUUGAAUUUAGCUGAAAUUGGUCCAAAAUUUGAGCACCAUGAGGUGUUUCCAGCAAGAACUAACACAGAAUUUGUGCAAGUUUUCUCUCCUUCACACGUCAAAAUGCGAGUCUGGGAAAGGGGUGCAGGAGCAACACUGGCUUGUGGAACUGGUGCUUGUGCUGUAGUUGUAGCAGCAGUUCUAGAGGGGCGUGCUUCUCGGAUUUGCACGGUUGAUUUACCGGGAGGACCAUUGCGGAUCGAGUGGAGAGAGGACAAUCACAUUUACAUGACUGGCCCAGCCGAAGUAGUUUUCUACGGAUCUGUACCCUUGUAAUUACUUUCAACUAAAUUGUUGUAUUUAUAGAUAGAUUCUGUUAUUUAACUUCAGUUGAGUUCUAUAGGAUUGCAAGUGGUUCUGAUUGCACAUACAUUGAAUAAUCUUGUUUCUCUAUCUUUAUAAAACUCAAAUUUGUACUCGCAUUUUGUUUCUGCUUGAUAAAGAACCGUGUUACAGAUGGG